AUGGAUGCUUACGCAUUCGUUAAAUCUGGCAAACUGAAAUUAAAAGGCCAUGAAGACAAGGUGAAGAGACGGAAGCGAAAAUCCCCUGGGACCAGCUCAACACGUGCGACAAAGGUGGUCAGGAACGCUUUUAGUGAGGACCUUGCAGCUCAUGGCGGCUGGUGGGAGAUCUCCAAAUUCGUGGACAUUAUCGGCCCUGUAGCCAUUCAGAUGACGGGUCUAGCUCCAGCUCAGGAGUACUCCUCAUCCUCCACCAAUCUACCUCUCCCCAUCCCGCCUGCUUAUUACCUGUCUGCGUCUGACGAUGGUUUUAUUAACCUUGGACCCCCGCGCAAAGAGGGUGAACCACCAGCUCCGGAGGAAAUCUUCACUGCUGUUAAGGUUUCCGAUACAAAGGUUGCAUUUAAAACUGGUUACGACAAGUAUAUGACAGCAAACACAAGCGCGCAGAAUCUCAUCACAGCUGCUGCUGAUGCUAUCGGUCCUCGAGAGCAAUUUGAGCCGGUCUUCCAAGACGGUAAGGCGGCGCUUCUGGGCUUCAACAAUUGUUUCGUCUCUGUCGAUGCCGACUCCGAUAGGGCCAUUUGCAGGGCGCAGAAAGCCGGACCAACCGAAAUGCUCAUGAUCCGCUCCAACAAGGACCUGACACACAACCCACUCAAUGACCUGCCAGAGGAGGAAAGGCAUGGCACCAAGAAGGCCGAGUACCUCUAUGUGCGCAAAUUUCAAAGCUGGCAAGACAAGAAGAUUCGUUUGACCCGUGAAGACACCGUGGCCUUGGAGGAUGCAAAACGCGUCGGAAACCUCCAUGAAUGUAUGCUGGAUCGGCGCGAAAAAAUGAAAUCCGAUCGUUAUUGUAAGUAA